ACGAGAUGAAAGCAUGGGCAGCGUGGUUGUCUUACUCUCUCUGUGCUUCACAGUGGUCCUAUGUUACAAUGAGGAGGAGAGGCUACUCGACGAUCUGAUGAAGAAUUACAACAAGGACUUACGACCCGCAAGAAAGGAUGGAGACAUUAUCAGUGUCAGCCUGAAAUUAACCCUUACAAAUCUUAUCUCACUGAAUGAACGAAAAGAAGCCUUGACCACCAAUGUCUGGGUUGAAAUGCAAUGGACAGAUUAUCGUCUGAGCUGGAACCCUGCUGCAUAUGGUGGCAUUGAAGUCAUACGUAUACCGUCCAUCAUGGUUUGGCUUCCAGAUAUUGGCCUUGAAAACAAUGUGGAUGGCAUCUUUCACAUUGCUUUGUAUGCCAACACCUUGGUUUCUUUUGAUGGAUCCAUCUACUGGCUGCCUCCUGCCAUCUAUCAAAGCUAUUGCCCCGUUGUUGUCACAUAUUUCCCCUUUGAUUGGCAGAACUGCUCUAUGGUGUUUCAGUCCCAGACAUACAGCGCCAAUGAGAUCGAAUUGCUCCUAACAGAGAAUGAGGGGGAGACAAUAGAAUGGAUUGAAAUAGACCCAGAAGCAUUCACAGAAAACGGUGAAUGGGCAAUAAAACACAUGCCCGCCAAGAAGGUCAUAGACCAUCGGUAUACUCCAGAUGACAUCAAUCACCAGGCGAUUGUCUUCUAUCUCAUAAUUCAGAGGAAGCCUCUCUUCUACAUCAUCAACAUCAUUGUCCCCUGUGUUCUCAUUUCAUUCGUUAGUGUCCUGGUUUAUUUUCUCCCUGCAAAAGCGGGAGGUCAGAAAUGUACAGUAUCCAUCAACAUCCUGCUGGCACAAACUAUAUUUCUCUUCCUAAUAGCCAAAAAAAUUCCAGAAACAUCCAAGGCUGUGCCACUCAUAGUAAAGUAUUUAACAUUUCUUAUAGUGGUCACAAUCACUAUCGUCGUUAAUGCUGUUGUUGUUUUAAACAUUUCUCUCCGCACUCCAAAUACUCACAGCAUGUCCAGCAGUGUAAGAGAGCUCUUCUUGAAAAAGCUGCCACGGCUUCUUAAAAUGCACCUCCGCCAAAGUGAUAUGGCCCCUGAACCAGCUCCGCUCACACGUCGCAGCAGUUCACUUGGGCUGAUAAUAAAGGCUGAUGAAUACAUGAUGAGGAAGCCACGGAGCGAACUUAUGUUUGAGAAGCAGAAGCAGAGAGAUGGGCUUAUGAAGGUCGUGUUUGAAAAGAUCGGCCAAGGAAUAAGAAAUGGAACUGUACAAGACCUCAUUCACAGUCUGAGGCAGGCUGCUCCAGAGAUCCGAGACAUAGUGGAAGCUUGUAACCACAUCACAAGGGCCACCAGAGAAAAGAAUGAGUUUAAAAGUGCUAACGAAGAGUGGAUUUUAAUUGGUCGUGUAAUAGACAGAGUCUGUUUCUUAAUCAUGUUCUCACUGUUCAUCCUUGGGUCCAUCGGAACCUUCUUUGCUGGUCACUACAAUCAAGCACCGACACAGCCCUUCCCUGGAGACCCCAAACUCUAUCUGCCACAGUCUCAAAGUUCUACCUGAAAAUAUUACUGCAUCAUUGGGUGAUAUCUGCUCACGAGCCUUGAUAUGAGUCUACCUCCUGGACGACCAAUUAUGUACUCAGUAGAGACUGUGAUCUUUUAGACCUAUUGAUAGAUA